GUUGGCUAGGCUGCCUUUGCCUCUCAAGAUGUCAGUUCCUGUAUUUACCCUUGGUGUCUUCAUAUUUUUGUUGCGCAUCAUUUCUGUGGCUAAUUAUCCCAAUGGGAAAGUAACACAGUCAUGUGGCAGAAUGAUUCCUGAACAUGGUCACAGCCCACAGUCGGAGGUCGCUCACCGCAUUUCAGUGAGUCAGAAGACAUUCAGGCCAGGAGAUCAGAUCGAAGUUACUUUGUCAGGACAACCGUUUAAAGGCUUCCUCUUGGAAGCUCGUGACGCUGAGAAUUUGAAUGGCUUUCCUGUUGGCUCUUUCUCAUUGAUUGACAGUCGAGUAUCACAACUUCUGAAUUGUGAAGACAUACAGGGAUCAGCUGUGAGUCAUACAAGUUCAUCUAAAAAAACAGAGAUUAAAGUAUAUUGGAGUGCUCCAAGCAGUGCCCCAAAUCAUGUACAGUUUCUAGCAACAGUUGUUGAGAAGUAUAAAAUCUACUGGGUGAAGAUGCCUGGUCCUGUAAUUUCCCAACCAAAUGCACUUCCAUUUACGACACCUAAAGCUACAACAGCAUCUUUGUCAACGUUACCUCCGGUUUCCCAUUUGAACAAAUCCUUCAGUGCCUCAGAAUGUGGGAACAAGAAGUUCUGUAUUAGGAGCCCUUUCAACUGUGACCCUGAGAAGGAUCGUGCUUGCGUCUUCUUAUCCUUCACAAGAGAUGACCCGUCGGUGAUAGUUGAAAUGAGCGGUCCCAAUAAAGGAUAUUUAUCCUUUGCAUUUUCUCAUGACCGAUGGAUGGGUGAUGAUGAUGCUUAUAUAUGUAUUCAUGAAGAUCAGAUGGUGCAUAUACAGCCUUCCCAUUUGACCGGGCGAAGUCACCCUGUGAUUGACUCCAAGGCUGUUCUUGAGGAUGUAUCUUGGAGGUUGGAAGAUGGUAUUAUGCAGUGUUCUUUUAGAAGAAACAUCACCUUACCUGGGGUGGAGAAUAGGUUUGAUCUAAACACAAGCUACUACAUAUUUCUAGCAGACGGUGUAGCUAAAGAUGGUCGAAUUUAUAGGCACUCCCAGCAACCUUUAAUUACGUAUCAAAAGUAUGAUGUGACCGACUACCCAAAGGAUGUAGGAGGGACCCGUUCUUCACUCCUUCUGAAGGCUCAUGGUGCCUUAAUGUUUGUGGCAUGGAUGACUACUGUUAGCAUAGGAGUACUGAUUGCUCGGUUCUUCAGACCUGUUUGGCCAAAAGCUUUCUUCUUUGGCGAAGCAGUUUGGUUUCAGGUACAUCGGAUGCUCAUGGUCACAACAUCUGUGCUCACCUGCAUUGCUUUUGUUAUGCCUUUUGUAUACAGAGGAGGCUGGAGUUGGCAUGCAGGUUACCACCCAUACCUUGGUUGUGUCGUGAUGACCUUAGCAAUUCUUCAGCCACUUCUGGCAGCCUUCAGGCCACCUUUACAUGACCCAAGAAGGAAAAUGUUUAACUGGACUCAUUGGGGUAUGGGAACAGCUGCGAGAAUAAUAGCAGUGGCAGCAAUGUUCCUGGGGAUGGAUUUACCAGGAUUAAAUCUUCCUGACCCACAGAAAACCUAUGCAAUGAUUGGGUUCGUAGCCUGGCACAUUGGGACGGAGAUUGUUCUGGAGAUCCAUGCUUACCGACUCUCUCGACAAGUGGAAAUACUGGAUGAUGACAGAGUUCAGAUCCUUCAGUCUUUUACUGCAGCAGAAGCAGAGGGUCAUGCUUUUAAAAAGGCAGUGUUGACAAUUUAUGUCUGUGGGAAUGUGACUUUUCUCAUCAUAUUCUUAUCUGCAAUCAACCAUCUAUGAACAAGCAAAGACCUUGACUUUCAUGGGCCAGGUGAUAAUCACCAUCAAUCCAAAGACACUUGAAACUGUACCAACUGCUGGGAGCGUGUUGGUGAAUUUUAAUUUGGAAGACCCGGGUCACAUUGAUAGGGGAUUCUGAAGUCUGGUUAUUAUAUAAAGACAAAAUGCAGGAGCGUCCUAUAGACUAUAGACUGACGACAAGCCCUAACUUGUAAUUCUGGGUCUUAAGGGUUUAGUAUUCAGGAGAGAUGAGUCUUCAGUAAUGCAUGCCAAGAUUUUAAGAAUGUUAGAAUGUAAGGAAAUAAACAAGAAUGUCAUUAGGAUAAAAAGGAGGUUGUAUUAAGUGGAUGGUAAAGGUGCCGUGAUACUAAGAAAACAUUUACUUUUACUACUUUAGCUGAAUGAUCUUUGGAUUUUCUUUUAGAAAAUAUGUUUUUAUGUUCCACUUUUUGACAUGUCAUUUGCUCUGUUACUUCUCUGGUAAAGGUUUCAUUAACAUUUAAAUAUAUUAUCAAUAUUAUAUUUGUUGGCAAUGAAAUGCAAUUGUGCAUCUCUUGCUUGAAGAUUUUUUUUAUGUAGCUACCUACAGAGCUGAAAUUACAUUUUAUAUGCUGUUUUGACUGUAAGAUUUAAGUUCUUAUAGCAUUUAAAGAUUGUAGAUGUGUUUCCAAAACUGUUAUCUCACCCUUCACCCUUCAAAUGUCAUCUUACAGAUAUUCUAACUUUUUUCUAAAAAUAAAUUAAUGUGGAUGAUAUUAUUAUUAUUAUUAUUGGAAGUUAUGUGCUCUAAGGAAUCUGAAUAGCUGUUACUUUCCUUCCUAAUCCAAUCUUCUAUUUGACGAUCAGGUCACAUAUUUGCUAUGAAGACUUCUAGCCAGUAGGUGGCAAUGUAAUACUGAAGUUCUGCUUUGUUCCUGUUUCCUUCCUAGGACUGAUUCUUUUUUUGGUAUUUGGAUAGCAUUUCCCUUAAAUUCCACCAACACUUCUUAAUCUUUAUUUGAAAAAUUUAUGCAUUUUUGGGGCACAGUUAUGGGUUAGAAACUCAAAUUGGGGGCAAGUGUUGUUAUUUUCUAGUUGCACUGAUGUUUGUUUUCUGUGAUUAUUUAUAAAAAUUAUUUGAUAUUUCCCUUUGCAUUAUCUUGGGCAAAGGAAACAAACAAAACUGCACUUUUGAAAAUAAAAUGUUCAGGGAGUCAUGCUUUAUUCUUUCAAUUUGAGUAUUCAUUAUUAUUUUUAUUAAUUUUUAAAGAUUUAUUUUAUUUACUUGAAAGGCAGAUUUAUAGAGAUAGAGAGGGAGAAACAGAGAGAGAGAAAGAGAGAGAUCUUCUAUCCUCUGGCACACUCCACAAAUGGCCACAACAACUGUGGCCGGGCUAAGCUGAAGCCAGGAGCCAGGAGCUUCUUCUGGGGCUCCCAUGAGGGUGCAGGGGUCCAAGCACUUGGGCCAACUUCUGCUGGUUUCCCAGGCACAUUAGCAGAGAGCUGUACUGGAAAUGGAGCAUUCAGGGCUCAAAUCAGCAUUUAUAUGGGAUGCCGGUGCUGCAGGUAGUAGUAUAACCUGCUAUACCACAGCACUGUUUUUAUUAAUAUAAAGAGAACACAUUUUAUGAUUUCCAUAGUUACAGGUCCAAGAAGACAAGAACACUUCCCUCACUUUCCAGUCCUCCUCCCUCCCUCCCCUUUCUCUGUCAGUUUUUGCAAAGAUAUAUUUUUAAAAAGAUUUAUUUUAUUUAUUUAAAAUACAGAGUUACAGAGAGAGGUAGAGACAGAGAGAGAGGUCUUCCAUCUGCUGGUUCACUCCCCAGAUGGCCGCAACAGCCAGAGCUGUGCCGAUCUAAAGCCAGGAGCCAGGAGCUUCCUCUGGGUCUCCCAUGUGGGUGCAGGAGCCCAAGGACUUGGGCCAUCUUCUACUGUUUUCCCAGGCCAUAACAGAGAGCUGGAUAGGAAGAGGAACAGUCAGGACUAGAACCAGUGCCCU